GGUGGGGAAAACUUCAUCUACCAAGUGCACUUUGAUUCUUGAGAAUUCAUUAUAAUUCCAAAUGUAAAAACAAUCAUCUACUUCUCCUCGUGGAUUUUCAUUUUUGCGUUCUCCGAAUAACUUUCAUAUUGUUUUCGACUAGCUUCAAUUUCAAACCGACAAUCACCGACAAACAACUAACACUAAAAAACAAUCACAAUUCAAAAAUCAGGCAGCCAAGUUCACGGAGGUGAAUUUCACAGCUGUCAUCGUAAUCGCGAUUCGCGAUAUGAGCAAUUGUUGGUUAUUUGCGGGGAACGCCGCGGACGACAAAUUACAUCGGUUGGAUUUUUUAUUGUUUACAAUCUGGUCAAUAUUGUUCUUAUAUUAUCGGCUGCAAAAUAAUUAAACAGAAUUAUGACGAGAUAGCCCAAGGAGUGUGAUUCAUGUUGGUUGUGAGGAAAAAAAGACUGAGGACGAACAUCGAAUUUGAACGAUGGGUGUUAGAAGCUGUGAUAUGCGUAUUUUUCUUGGACUGACGUUCCUGUUCUCUGUUGUUGGAGGAACGUCUCUUCUGACACAUCCAUCGCUUUAUCCUAAAGUCAUUUCCGCAGACUAUGGGAUUUUGUACCAAAAAGCAAUUAAUUAUAGCAUCGAAUAUGUUUUUCUCUACAGUGAAAUUCCUGUCGCAGGUGCAAGAAUUACAGUCCAAAGCAAUGCCACCGUUCAGGAUCCGCUUGUUAUCGUUGUGCGCCAGAGGAGUGGGAUUCUCUCAUGGCAAAUUCCUUUUGUUGUUCAAAGUCCCAACUCUGUUAUUCCUCCAUAUGACUCUACUAGUCGCAACUUAUGUUCCACCGAUCAUGACCGUAAAAAUGUUACAGACGAAGCUUAUAUAACUGUUAGUAUUUCUACUGGUAGUUCUUCCAACAUCGCUUUCCAGAUGAUGAUUACAGAGGCAGAUUUUAAUAUCAGCGUCGGUGAUCCCAGAAAUGUUACCAUAUCACCCGCAGAGCCCAUUUAUUACAGCUACAAUUUUGAUGAUGAAAACAAAAUUUCAUCAGUGCUCAUGCAAGUGGAAUCAGAUUCAGAGAUUUGCAUGACGAUUUCCAUUCAGAACGUUACGUGUCCCAUCUUCGAUUUGGAGCGAAAUGUUCAAUAUUCUGGUUACUGGCAAACAGUCAGUCGACGAGGAGGUAUCACCAUAUCGAGAGAUGCUUAUCCGGAGGGAUUUUUUGUUGUUCUCGUUGUAAAAGGCGAUGACACGGAUUGUAAUGGAACAGUUGGUGAUCCGAAUCGCCGAAAAACCGUACAUUUGCUAAUCAAACGCAGUAUCAGUAAAGAAGACUUUAUCACAGCUUCUGCUUUGGCUCUUUCAAUCGGUGUUGGAUUCUGCACUAUUUACAUUUUUGGUGUAGUUAUGCACCGUGUUCGCAAAGGGAGAGAGCUGAGGGAACGGUUGUUAAGCGAUUUGGAAGAAUCGGAACAACCGGAACACUUGCCUAGCCCUUCAACCGUUGAUGAGGUGGGUCCUAGUCAGUGGACAUCGGUCGAGGAAGAUUCAUCGUUGGACGAAGACGACAUCGAUAUGUUGGAUGAUGCUUUAACAGACAAAGAGAUUAUUCGAACAAAACGGGUUCUAGCGGUUUCGGAUCUGGCGAGGAAGGAGCCAAAGAUACUUCGUCAGAAGUCACGUCUAUACCUUUAUUAUUUGAUAACUAUAGCUGUCUUUUACACUCUGCCAGUUAUGCAAUUGGUCAUUACUUACCAGUACGUAUUGCACGAAACUGGAAAUCAAGAUCUUUGUUAUUACAAUUUUUUGUGCGCCCAUCCUCUCGGCGUGUUGUCUGAUUUCAAUCACGUGUUUUCCAACUUUGGCUACGUUCUGCUUGGUUUUCUAUUUAUAUUUCUCACUUAUACGAGAGAAAAAAAUGACGUCGAUCGUGCCGAAAAAUCGAAAAGUUACGGUAUCCCACAACAUUAUGGACUUUUUUACGCUAUGGGCACGGCUCUCAUGAUGGAAGGACUAUUAUCCGGGAGCUAUCACGUUUGUCCAAGUCAUAGCAAUUUCCAGUUUGAUACGAGUUUCAUGUACAUCAUCUCUGUGCUCUGUAUGGUAAAAAUUUAUCAAAACCGUCAUCCCGACAUAAAUGCGCGUGCUUCGGUAACAUUUGCCGUUCUCGCGUUGAUAAUAUUUCUGGGGAUGGUGGGUGUGUUGAAGGGAACGGAAAAUUUUUGGAUUUUUUUCACCAUGAUCCAUCUCCUCGUAUGUGUGUCUGUGACAGCACAGAUUUAUUACAUGGGUCGAUUCAGACUCAACCGAGGCCUUCUCCAUCGUGUGAUAAUGACGUUCAAACACGACGCUCGAGCUGGACGUUUUGAUGCGUUUAGGCCACUGUAUGGAGGCAGGUUGAUCCUUCUUCUCAUCGCAAAUUGCUGUAACGUUGCUCUCGCAGUGUGGGGGAAUAUGCAUCACGACAAAGAUUUUGCUACAUUUCUGCUUUAUCUACUCAUGUCGAAUCUUAUUCUGUACACUUUUUUUUAUAUUGUCAUGAAGCUUCUCUAUGGAGAGAAAAUUUUGCUCGAGCCGUCGUGUUACAUUAUAUUGUCUUUCGUGACGUGGGGCGGUGCUCUAUAUUUUUUCAUAAACAAAUCGAUUUCGUGGGCACUAACACCAGCUCAAUCGCGAAUAUACAACAAACCUUGUGCUCUUUUGAAUUUCUUCGAUUCUCACGACAUUUGGCACUUUCUUUCGGCCCUUGCCAUGUUCUUCUCGUUUAUGGUGCUGCUGACAUUGGAUGACGAUUUGGAAGAUACGCACCGUAGUCUUAUACCGGUGUUCUAAGGAGGAGGUGCUUUCGUGAAAUAUACAGACGUGGGAUCAGAUCUGCUUUUUUAUGUGGAACACGCAAGAGUUACGAAGACGAGCUCGAGUCGUUCAAGGGUUCCUGACCCGAUGUUUCCAGUUGCGCCAAG